UUGUUUGCACUGUAUCAUUUAAGCAAAGUCUCUCCCAGAUUGUUAUUGUAAUGCAAUAAAAUCUCUGUAGAGAGUUUUAACUCCUGUUAAACCGGGCUUCUCGAUUGUGUUUGUGGUGUGGUCGUGAGUGCAGGAGUACGCAAACUCGGGCUGGAACCUGAACAACAUGCCGGUGCUGGAGCAGUCGGUGCUGACGCACAUCAGCGGGGACAUCAGCGGCAUGAAGCUGCCCUGGCUCUACGUGGGCAUGUGCUUCUCGUCCUUCUGCUGGCACAUCGAGGACCACUGGAGCUACUCCAUCAACUACCUGCACUGGGGCGAACCCAAGACCUGGUACGGCGUUCCAGCGCACGCCGCCGAGCAGCUGGAGUCCGUCAUGAAGAAAGUGGCUCCGGAGCUCUUCGACUCUCAGCCGGACCUCCUGCACCAGCUGGUCACCCUGAUGAACCCCAACGUCCUCAUGGAGCACGGCGUCCCGGUGUACCGGACCAAUCAGUGCGCGGGAGAGUUUGUGGUCACGUUCCCCAGAGCCUAUCACAGCGGCUUCAAUCAAGGCUACAACUUUGCUGAAGCAGUCAACUUCUGCACUGCAGACUGGCUGCCCGUCGGGAGGCAGUGUGUGGCGCAUUACCGGCGUCUGCAGCGCUACUGCGUCUUCUCCCACGAGGAGCUGGUGUGUAAGAUGGCCGCCGAUCCGGAGAGUCUGGACGUGGAGCUGGCGGCGGCCGUGGUCCGAGAACUCAGCGACAUGAUCGAGGAGGAGAGCCGACUGAGAGCGGCCGUGCAGGAGACGGGGGUGCUGUCCUCAGAGCAGGAGGUGUUUGAGCUGGUGCCCGAUGACGAGCGGCAGUGCUGGAAGUGUAAGACCACCUGCUUCCUGUCGGCGCUCACCUGCAGCUGCAGCCCGGAGCGUCUGGUGUGUCUGCAUCACGUGGCCGAGCUCUGCAGCUGCCCAGCCGGAAACAAGUGCCUGCGGUUCAGGUACGAUCAGGACGAGUUUCCCGCCAUGCUCUACGGGGUGAAGUCGCGCGCGCAGUCUUACGACACCUGGGCCAAGAGGGUCACGGAGGCGCUGGCGGCCGAUAACAAGAGCAAGAAAGAUCUGAUCGAGCUGAAAGUGCUGAUGGAGGACGCGGAGGACAGGAAAUACCCGGAGAACAACCUCCUGCGCAGCCUCAGAGACACGGUGAAGGAGGCCGAGACCUGCUCGUCCGUAGCUCAGCUGCUGCUCAGCCACAAACAGAGACACAAAGAACGUCCCGAGAGCAGCGCACAGAAAGCACGCAGCAAACUGACAGUGGAGGAGCUGAAGGUGUUUGUGGAGCAGCUCUACCGCCUGCCCUGCGUCAUCAGCCAGGCCCGACACGUCAAGGAGCUGCUGGAGAGCGUGGAGGACUUUCACGAGCGGGCGCAGGUGGCGCUGACCGACGAGACUCCGGACUCCAGUAAGCUGCAGGCGCUCCUGGACCUGGGCUCGGGGCUGGACGUGGAGCUGCCGGAGCUGCCGCGUCUCAAGCAGGAGCUGCAGCAGGCGCGCUGGCUGGACGAGGUGCGGCUGACGCUGAUGGAGCCGCAGCGCCUCACGCUGGAGCUGAUGAAGCGGCUCAUCGACUCGGGCGUGGGUCUGGCGCCCCAUCACGCCGUGGAGAAGGCCAUGGCCGAGCUGCAGGAGCUGCUGACGGUGUCGGAGCACUGGGAGGAGCGGGCGCGCGCGUGCCUGCAGGCCAGGCCUCGCCACAGUCUGCUGACGCUGGAGAGCAUCGUAAUGGAGGCCAAGAAUAUCCCAGCGUACCUGCCCAAUGUUCUGGCCCUCAGAGACGCCCUGCACAAAGCCAAAGAAUGGACGGCCAAAGUGGAGGCCAUUCAGAACGGCAGUAACUACGCCUACCUGGAGCAGCUGGAGGGUCUGUUAGCGAGAGGACGCUCCAUCCCGGUCAGAUUAGAGGCCCUGCCGCAGGUGGAGUCACAGGUGGCGUCUGCCAGAGCCUGGAGGGAGAGGACCGCCCGCACAUUUCUCAAGAAGAACUCCACCUACACACUACUGCAGGUGCUCAGUCCGCGUGUGGACAUCGGCGUGUACGGCACCAGCAAGAGCAAACGCAAGCGCGUGAAGGAGCUGCUGGAGAAGGAGCGCGGCCUGGAGCUGGACGGUCUGAGCGACCUGGAGGACGGCGCGGAGGACGCCCGUGACCCCGCCACGGUCGUGGCCGCCUUCAAAGCCCGAGAGCAGCAGGAGCUGGAGGCCAUCCACUCGCUCCGCGCCGCCAACCUGGCCAAGAUGGCAAUGGUGGAGCGCAUCGAGGAGGUGAAGUUCUGCCUGUGCCGCAAGACGGCCAGCGGCUUCAUGCUGCAGUGCGAGCUGUGCAAGGACUGGUUCCACGGCGCCUGUGUGCCCUUACCCAAAGCCGGCUCGCAGAAAAAGCUGGUGGCCGGCUGGCAGGGCGGCAGCAAAGAGUCCAAGUUCCUGUGCCCGCUGUGCCAGCGCUCGCGACGGCCCCGGCUGGAGACCAUCCUGUCCCUGCUGGUGUCUCUGCAGAAGCUGCCGGUGCGGCUGCCGGAGGGCGAGGCGCUGCAGUGUCUGACGGAGAGGGCCAUGGGCUGGCAGGACCGCGCGCGACAGGCCCUGGCCACCGACGAGCUCUCCUCCGCCCUGGCCAAGCUGUCCGUGCUCAGCCAGCGCAUGGUGGAGCUCGCCGCCCGAGAGAAGACCGAGAAGAUCAUCAAUGCCGAGCUGCAGAAGGCGGCCGCCAACCCGGACCUGCAGGGGCACAUCCAGACGUUUCAGCAGGCCGGUUUCAGCAGAGCCACGUCACCACGGCCUACGACGAUGGACUAUGAUGACGAAGAGACGGACUCGGACGAGGACAUCAGAGAGACGUACGGAUACGACGUCAAGGACUCAGGAGAGGUGAAGCCGUACUUGUUCUGUGACGAGGAGAUUCCCGUGAAGUCGGAGGAGGUGGUCAGUCACAUGUGGCCGACGACGCCGUCGUUCUGCGCUGAACACGCGUACUCGUCUGCCUCCAAGUCCUGUCCUCAGAAUCCGUCCGCCCCACGCAAGCAGCCCAGGAAGACGCCGCUGGUGCCGCGCAGCCUGGAGCCUCCGGUGCUGGAGCUGUCGCCGGCGGCCAAGGCCCAGCUGGAGGAGCUGAUGAUGGAGGGCGACCUGCUGGAGGUGUCUCUGGACGAGACGCAGCACAUCUGGAGGAUCCUGCAGGCCACGCACCCGCCCUCAGAAGACAAGUUCCUGCAGGUGAUGGAGCCUGAGGACGCGCCGCUGGACAAACCCGUCAAGCUGAAGGUGAAGGAUGCGGAGAAGAAGAGGAAGAGGAAGCUGGAGAGAGCCGAGCAGCAGCUGCUUCUGGCCGGCGGCGGCGUGGAGGGACGAUCCAAGUCCAAAGACAUGAAACGGGUUCUGGAGCUCAAGCCCAAGAAGAAGAAGCUGAAGCUGAGCCCGGACAAGUCCCGCGAGCUGAAGCAGCUGGCCAAACGUCUCGCUAAGGAGGAGAAGGAGCGCAAGAGGAAGGAGAAGGCGGCGGCCAAGGCUGAGUUUCCCAAGGAGGGGCUGGAGAAGAAGAGCCGGAAGAUUCUGGACAUUCCCUCUAAGUAUGACUGGUCCGGGGCGGAGGACUCCAACGACGAGAACGCCGUCUGCGCCGCCAAGAACUGCCAGCGUCCGUGCAAGGAUAAGGUGGAUUGGGUCCAGUGUGACGGCGGCUGUGACGAGUGGUUUCAUCAGGUGUGUGUGGGUGUGUCGUGUGAGAUGGCCGAGAACGAAGACUACAUCUGCUCGGCCUGCUCGCGUAAAGCCGCCGGCGCGGCCGUUAAAGUGGGAGCGGAGACUGUGGUGCUGUCCUCGCCGGUGUGCGGCGGCCCAUCCGUCCCGCCGCCGCUCCAAACAGACCCUCAGGAGAGCAGUUAACCACACUAACACACUCCAAACUCACAACCAGCUGCUACAUCAGCACGGAUAUACAUCACUUCCUGUAUCCGAUAGAUUUAGCUCAUUGUUAUUGUAGUCCUGGAGGAGCCACCUGAUGUAUCGAGACUGAAUAAACAUUUUCAUUACCCAAACCAACUAACUAACCCAAGUCCAAGCGAUCUGCUGCGUCACCAUGAGAUUCCGCAGCAGUGAACUUCCUGUUCGGACUGAGCCGGAGGACGGUACAUACGGUGGUUGUAUUUAGUGAAUCUAUUUAUUAUGUAAGUGGAUUUUAAGCAGUUCAUGAUGGGGAGGUUUUUUUCUCAGCUUUUGUCAAAUAAAGAAAGAUGAUUGAUGAUGAUGA